GGACAGAAUCUGAAUCCCACAUGAGCUACGAGAAUCCUCCACCCUACCCCGGCCCGGGCCCGACCGCCCCUUACCCACCCUAUGCCCAGCAGCCGGGUGGUCCUCCAGGCCCCUACCCAGGCUACCCUCCUGGACCCACGGGGCCAUACCAGCCAGGCCAGCCAGGUUACCAAGGUUACCCCCAGUAUGGAUGGCAAAAUGCACCUCCUCCUCCUCCAGGACCCAUGUAUGCAGACGGGCCUAAAAACACAGUGUACGUGGUGGAGGAGCGGCGGAGGGACGACACGGGCGAGAGCGCCUGCCUGACAGCCUGCUGGACCGCGCUCUGCUGCUGCUGCCUCUGGGACAUGCUGACCUGAGCGCGCCACCCGGACCUCUCACGAGUGCUAUGCAGGCUCCCCACUCCUGUCCCCACUUCUGUUACUGUAAUCAACGCUCUGCUUUGCACAGCCCGGAGUCCGUCUGUCCGUCCUAGCGCCUUGGUGGGGUGGGGGGUGCACUCCUUUAUUUUAGUAAAGAGAACACGAAA